AUGCCAGCCCACGCUGGAUUCCUUGCUAGGACUGUUUUUGUUCGAAAUAACGCUAUUGAGGCAGGCUAUAAAUCAUUGCAAAGGAUAUUAAACAGAGAAUGGAUACCGCAAAAAGUAGAGAGAAAACGAUAUUAUGAAAAACCCACCGUUAAACGACGACGAUUAGAGCAUGAAAAAUGCAAUCGAAUAUUGCUACGAGAAUCCAAGAAAAGAGUCGAUUUUAUCAUGGCAAGACAUCGACCAUCACCUUGGAUUUAA